GGUUUUAGACGAACGUUAUUUAGCUCUCCUGGCUGACAUGUCUGUUGUGUAUAUGCAGCCUGCUCGUGCUACUCUCAUGCCUUGUCAAACUCACCAAUCAGAAGUGGUAAACUACUUGUGAGCAGGGCAUGCCGUCACGCUAACCAAUCAGAGGCGGCCAUUGACGAGGCUACCGCGUACACGCCCACUAACAACUUUGGUGAAGAAACAAACGUCCUGGAGGAAAUGGCUGCUGCCGCCGGGUCAGAAGUGGAGGAGGAUUUAGUUUUAAUACAGAAGAAGAGCAGCACGUCUGUCAUUUGGGACUACUUCGGUUUCGAAACUUCAGAUGUGCAUCAGAAACAGGUACUUUGUAAAACUUGUCGGGCCAAAGUCGCCACAUCCCAAGGCAACACGACUAAUUUAUUCCGGCACUUGAAAAAUCACCACCGGCAGUUACACGACGAAUGUAUGACCAAAAAGUCCGGUGAAAAGUCAACCCCGAGCGAUUCAGCCCAUUGUAGCAAACAUACCACAAUUACAGCGUCGUUUGCCAGUAUAACUCCUUAUGAGAAGAGCAGCCGCAGACACAAGGAGAUAACGACCGCCAUAACACACUACAUUGGCAAAGACAUGGUGUCUGUUAACACCGUUACCAAAGAGGGAUUUCAAAACCUCCUCCACACGCUGGACAGAAGAUACAAGAUUCCCUCCCGCACCUAUUUCAACCAGGUCGCCAUCCCACAGCUUUACGCCGAGUGCAAGGAAAAAGUGGAAAGAGAGGUGAAAAAUGUGCUUUAUUACGCCACAACUACCGAUAUGUGGUCAAGCAGAACAAGCGAACCGUAUCUUAGCUUGACCUUGCAUUACAUAAAUGACGACUUUGAGUUGAAAAGUCGCUGCCUGCAGACAGCAUACUUUCCCAUGGAUCACACAGGAGAGAAUAUCGCCCUCGGAUUAAGAGAGUGUCUAGCAAGCUGGGGUCUGAAAGAGGAGGACCAGACGUGCAUCACAACUGACAAUGGAGCAAACGUCGUCAAAGCUGUGCAGCUUAAUCAGUGGACCAGGCUUCAAUGUUUUGGCCACAGGCUACAUCUUGCAAUUGAAAAUGCUGUUAAAGAUGAUGUAAGAGUUAAACGGGCAACAGGACUCUGCAAGCAGCUGGUUGGACAUUUCUCACAUAGCUGUAAAAAGAAGGCCGCACUGAAAAAGGCACAGCAAGAAUUGAAGAUACCGGAGCACUCACUGAUUACAGAGUGUCCGACGAGGUGGGGCUCACGACAGAGGAUGAUUGGGAGGGUGUUGGAGCAGAGUAAGGCGUUGUCUCAGGUUCUAUCUGAAGACAAGAAGACACGUCACCUGGUCCCCACUUGGCAGGACACAGAUGUCCUUGAGUCAUUAAACAAUGCCCUUGGCCCUCUUCAGGAGUUUACUGAUGCCCUGUCCGGUGAAGCCUAUGUAAGUGUGUCCUACCUGAAGCCAGUCCUCCAUCUCCUGAGGACAUCGAUCCUGACUGUAGACAAAGACGACCCAGAUCUUACCAGGGACAUAAAGUCAAGAGCUCUUCGCUAUAUUGAAGAUAAAUACAGCGACCCAGCCACACAGGAGCUACUAGAUAUUGCUUCGUUCCUUGAUCCUAGAUUCAAAACUGACUACAUAAGAGCAGAGAAUGUCCCAGACAUCAAAGAAAGAGUGAGGAUCGAAAUGGAACAGGUGGCACGAAAGGAAAAGAGGGCCCGUGUCAGCACUACAGAGGCCAUGCCCCAGGGUGCAGCAGAGGCAGAGCCAUCUACUGUGGGGAAGGGAAAGCGGUCAUUGGGCAGCUUCUUCAAGAGCAGACCGUCUGUGCCUCCUCCUUCCACCACCAUGCAGUUGGAGGAUGCCAUUAAUGCAGAGCUGAACAGCUACCUGAUAACUCCUACAAUUGAUGGAGAGGACAAUCCCCUGGCCUGGUGGAGAGUGCACAAUGUUAACUUUCCAUGGUUGAGCAAACUGGCUCGCAAGUUUCUGUGCAUACCAGCCACCAGUUCACCAUCAGAAAGAAAGAUUGUUUAG